UCAGUCGCCUUUCGCCGUAGAACUCGACGGGCAGCUGUUUAGGUUGCUACACCGGGAGCGGAGGGAGGCGCCUGAGCCAAAGGGAAAAAGAAGCCCCACAAAAACAAGCCGCGCUCCUUUCGCUUGGAGAAAAGGCUCGGGGGCGUGCGGUGAAGCGCCCAUACCUGCAGGAGGAGGAGAAAGGCGGUGGAAGAGGAGGGAGCGCGGCCAGGGGACGCAGCAAACAUGGGGAAGUCUCUUUCAAUGCCUUUACAUGGAUCUAAAGAAGAUGGGGUUUCAUCAACGGACAACAUGAGGAAGGGAUUAGUUCACUCAGAAUCUCACAGUGAAGAUGGAAGAAAUGGAGAUGUGUCACAGUUCCCAUAUGUUGAAUUCACGGGAAGAGAUAGUGUCACAUGUCCCACAUGCCAGGGAACAGGGAGAAUUCCACGUGGUCAGGAAAAUCAGCUUGUCGCCCUGAUUCCAUACAGUGAUCAGAGACUGAGGCCAAGAAGAACAAAACUUUAUGUUACUGCUUCUGUAAUUGUAUGCUUACUACUUUCUGGGCUGGCAGUAUUUUUCUUAUUUCCUCGAUCAAUUGAUGUCGAAUACAUUGGAGUCAAGUCAGUAUAUGUCAGUUACGAAGCACAGAGGCGCAUAAUAUACUUAAACAUUACGAACACAUUGAACAUCACAAACAACAAUUAUUAUUCGGUGGAAGUUGAAAACAUUACAGCGCAGGUGCAGUUUUCAAAGACUGUUAUUGGGAAAGCACGGCUGAGCAAUAACACUCACAUUGGCCCGCUGGACAUGAAACAAAUCGAUUAUAUGGUGCCCACAGUUAUACAAGAUGAAAUGAGCUACAUGUUUGAUUUUUGCACCCUACCCUCUAUCAAAGUGCACAACAUAGUAGUCAUGAUGCAAGUGACCGUGACAACCUCUUACUUUGGUCACUCUGAACAAAUAUCUCAGGAGCGGUACCAGUAUGUUGACUGCGGUGGAAACACAACUUACCAGCUGGGACAGUCAGAGUAUCUAAAUGUGCUGCAGCCGCCUCAGUAGAAGAAGCAGAGUUUCUGGCUGCAGGAGAAAAAAAAAGAUUAAUUCUUGGUUCUUUUACUACUCAUCGAAGUUGAACUUUCAUAUCUAGUACUGCUUAAAGUACUAGAUGGUUUGACUUGUAUAUAAUUUAGCAGCCCUGAAGGCUUCUGUACUUUGGAGGCGUGAGCAGCAAAAGGUCAAACUGUAUAUAUUCAUGUUUGAUAACUUUUCCCUUUCCACUUUAAAUGUGUAAGUAUUCUGUCAAAUUGUUACUAUGGGGGAGCGGGGAGGGGUGGCUGUUAAAUCAGCAAAUCUGUAUUUUCCCUAAAUGGAAACAUGGGUACAUGAUGAUAAAAGUCAGAGUGAAACCAUAUAAUUGUAUAAAUUUUGCUGUGCUGCUAACAAGUAUGUAUUAGAAAGUAAACUAAUAACACACCAAUAGUAUGACUAAGGUGAUUUUUUUAAAUGAAUGAAGUUUGACCAUAUUGCAGCAUUAUAGAGGGUUACACAUUUGCAUUAAUAACAAUAUGGCAGAUUUCACUGUGUUGGAAUUUUGAUCUUAGACAUUUUUAUUAUAGGCGAAGUGCUUAUUACUGCUGUUUUUUCCACAAAACAUAAUUUGCUUGAAAUGUUUGGGUAUAUUGAAUAUAUGAAUACCACUAAAUUGCUGCAUAUUUGCAGAGCAAUAGGUACAAAAUGAAGACUAAAAUGUAUUAAAACGUGGUUUUGUUUUUAAAACCCCCAAAAUAAUACAUGUGCUUCAAAGCUUCACUAUAGAAAUCUGAAAUGAAUUUUUAUGGGUUUUGUGUUUUCCAUAUCAAUCAAUAUAAAGAGGUCAACAUGCUUGUCUCGGAAUGUGUUGUACAUUUUAAGCUUACGUUCACUUCAUUGUCAUUUGAGUAAUACCAUAACUAGACCUCUGACAGCUUGAAGUGAAUGUAAAAUAUACCAAUCAAAACUGAUAAUGUCUUGUAAAAAUCAACCAUGUUUUGACUUAAAUCAAAUUUGAGAAUUGCCAUAGGUCAAAGCAAUUGCAUUGUCUUAAAGGGCUCAUGUUUGACUAUCUUCUUACUGAACUGAAUAGAGCAGACACUGAAUGAAUGGUGUAGUCCUAGUAUGGUUUGACUUGCUAACACAGCAUUUCUCAAACUUGGUUCCCCAGCUGUUGUUGGACUACAGCUCCCAUCAUCCCUAGCUAGUAGUGGUCAGGGAUGAUGGGAGUUGUAGUCUAGCAAACAGCUGUUGACAUACUCCCAUGUUCUUGUAAUUUUGGAAUGGAAGCAAUUGCUAUAGGAGACAGAAUUGUUACAGUGGUAGGUUAUCGGUCACCUUUCAGGAAUUACUUCCUUUCUAAUAACAACAUGAGGUGCAACUGUUUUACAGUAGCUCCCAUGUUAUUCUGCUUAUGUGUGGAUAGGGCUUGUUGCAUCCCAACUUGGACAACUGGUGAAAGGUGCUUCAUUUUGUCAUUGCUUUGUUGAGAUAGAUACAUUUUCAACUUGCUGUAUUCUCAGUUGUAUAAGCUCUGUUUUGUUGGUUACGGAAUACUAAAACUCAGCUAAAUUAGGCCCUGCUCAUAAAAUAUGAGCUAAUUACUAACAAUUUGAAAACACUGGACUUGAUCUAACCCAAGUAAAGCAAAGAACCAUUGGUUUAUAUGCCCAUUUUUUUGCUUACAUAUGUUUUCCAUUUACAGAUGUAUAUAUAGACCUUGAUAUGACAGGAUUUGUACAGCCACACUUGUAAAUUCUUAUAUAUUUCUUUUUAAUGUUAAUGGGGAUAAUGCACUUUGCUUGGGAACAAUAACUGGUAUGAGUUUGGAUGUUGGAAAGAAAGAAAGAAAAACUACAUGGGAUUAUGAAUCCUGGGAUUUCUCUGGUAUAGAGGAAUAAGUACAUUGUCACAAAUUGGCAUACUGCCUUUGUAUAGAUAGAAUUUUGCUGUUUAACAUUUUUGGAAUCACUUUGUUAACAUAAGUGGGAAAACGUCUCAUAGCAGGGUUUUUUUUUAACAUGCUUUCUGCUGUCAGUGGAGCCUCUAUGAAUAGCCUUAUUAAAAUCAUGAAAAUAAAUAAAUAUUGGGCUAUAUUUGGCACCCUGAGUGAGGCCUUAAAAACCACGUCUUACUUAAUAUACAAACACAGUAGUAUAUUACAAUUCUGAAGAUUAAUCUUUUCUUAAUAAAAAAUGUCUUAACCUUUUUGAUCAAAAUACAAAAAAAAACCAAUACAACAAAUAUAAGCAAAGGAUAGGGAAUAUAACACUGUAAAAUCACUUUUCAUAAUGCGUUAAUAAUAGUUGUAGGUCUAAGAGAUUUAAGAAAUAAACUCUGGAGUGGUCAACGCCUCUUCCGUAAUUCAUUUAUUUAUUUGAUGCAUUUAUAUACUGCCUUUGUGCCAAGGCGCAACAAACGAAUGGAUUGAAGAAAUUCUCUUGAGCUCUCUAUAGUAAAAAUAAAGCACAGUGAUUGUUUUACACCCCUUAAAAGUUUUACAUCCAGCAACCAGGCACUUGCGGUUUGGUGAAAUGUAACUUUCGGCACUGCUCUUGCAUUCCACCUCACUUGAUAUAUCACAAAACAUAAUUUUGAGAGCAUUAAUGUUUGGUUGGGGUUUUUUUGGUAGGCAGUAUAGGCCUACACACCUGCUGGACUAUUUUGUGACUCUAUUCAGGCACCCAUGCUUUGAUGAAAUUCAUAUGUCACCAAUGUAAUUAAACUUUUGGCAUAGUCUAUAAAGCGUAGGCCUCUCUCAGUGAUCUAGUUCAAACAUGAUUUAGAGCAGGCAUCCCCAAACUUCGGCUCUCCAGAUGUUUUGGACUACAAUUCCCAUCAUCCCUGGCCACUGGUCCUGUUAGCUAGGGAUCAUGGGAGUUGUAGGCCAAAACAUCUGGAGGGCCGCAGUUUGGGGAUGCCUGAUUUAGAGGUAUAUGAGGGGGCUGCUGUGAGAUCCUGGGUUUUUUUUGUUUAUAACCUUAUCACAGAAUAAACCACAUUUCUGUUUGGAUGUAACAGAAAACUCUGGUUUAUUCAAAAACCAAAACUGGGUGCUUUCGAUAUUCUCUCCUUGCAUGUUGGGGAACAGGGAGCCAUAGAUUCAUCACAGCACUCCCUUAUAAUGCUAAACUGCAGUUUGCUCUCCUUUGGGCUAGCAUUGUACUUUUCUGCCAUGGGGCUUUGGGGAGAAGGAGGAGUUGACACGUAUCUGAAGCAGUUUUUUUUUCAGAAUAAAACAGCAACAGGGUUUAUGAAAACAGGUUUAAAACUAAUUCUAUUGUGCAAACAGAUUCAAAAUGGUAUUAUUCAUUGCUAUCUUUCACAUGUCUUUGAAUGCCUUGUUUCUGGAAAUUGUGAUCGCUAUGUAGGUAUAAAAAAAUGGCUGCUACAAAUGGGGGGGGGGAAAUCCCUUUUAUUUUUCUUGAGUAUGGAGUGCAGUCGUAUUUGCAGAACACCAGUGCCACAUUUAGACUACCAGCUAUAAUUAGCGAUUAAAUGCCUACAUGUCAAUAUUCUUGAAUUUGUGCUUGUCAUUUUAGCCGAAUGUAAGGUAAAUUGUGGCACAUCUGUCAUUGUGCUGCCAUGUUUUUAGCUGGUAAAGGUAGGGCAGGCCCUACAAUUUUUCUGUUCCUAACAAUUUCUACAUAAAACCGUGAAGCAGUAACCUGAUGGACCUACUUACUACUCAUUAAUUAACCACUACUAGUGCUCAUUAUAUAAAAAGGCAGAUAAUUUGUGUAUAGAAAUUCUAAAAGGUUAUAACUAUUUUUGUAAUUUCAGAAUUGUAAUUGUUCCUGUAAUUCUGCGUGGCAAACUUACCUGUAUGCAGUGUUUUGAAGCAUGAUAAAUAAAACUUCCCUAUGCGGUUCUCUUAUUUGAA